AUGGUUUACAAUCACGACGAGAUUAAAAAUUUUGUCAUAAAACAAUUGUCUGAUAAAUACACUUUUGAUCAACCAAAUAUUCCAACACAUUCUACAACGAGUAAUUCCGAUGAAAUGUGGAAUUUGGAAUCAACCUUAGGUGCUACAUUACCGUCCACUUGUAAUACAAACACCGAGUCAGUUAUUUCUAACCAUCAUCACCAUACCAACAGUGGUAGCAAUCUCAAUAAUAACAAUGGGCAUUUUGAUUUUGAUUUGAAUGGAACUUCAAAUAAUAUGAAUGAUCAAUUUCCGCAGCAGUUUCAACAGCAGUCCACUUUUCAAAAUGCACAAACAUCUUUAACUAUAGAACAAAAACAACAUCAAGAACAACAGACUGUACGUAAACGAACUCCUGCUGACUUUUUAGGUGAACAUCAGAAAUUAGUUGACUUGGAAAAGCUGAUUGAAAAAAAUCCAGGUAAUUCCUUGCAAAAUUAA